UCCAUUAUCCGCCGACAAUGUGGAAUUACUGACUCGCAAAAGAACUGUUAAAAUGAAUUAAGAUCGGCAACCAAUAAACUCAUAAAGUGAAUCGGCGUAUCUGCUAAAAGUGGGUGGGUGGAGUGUUGGGAGCUGAAUGUCACCAAAGCCAGUUGGUUUCUCAAUACCUCUCCUAGCACACAAAAGUUAACUUCGCAACGUUAAGGGGAUACUAAUAAUUCGGUUUAUUUAUGUCGACAUUAGCGCAGCACCUUUUUGGAACCGAAUCAUUUCUUGUCAUUAGUGAAACAUGCAGAGCUGAUUUAAGCCUAAAUUGGACUUUGUUAAGUUGGAUUAACACGACGCUACUUCUUCUAAUCUGCAAUAUAAUCGUCGGAGAUGAAUAUAGAAACGUUAAUUAUUUCAAUAACUGCAUUACUUUGUUUACAAAUAACACACGUAUGGACAGCCCGAGAAAAGUCAAAAGGCUGUAAAUCUGGAAAAUGUAAAUUUAAACUUAACGACAGACUACGAAUAUUACGAGAUCUUUCACAAACGUUUUAUCCUGGUACAAAACUUGUUGAUAUUAAGCUCAAAUCACUACAUAACCGAAAUUUGGAUGGACAAUUUGGGACUUUGCACAAAGAUGACACUAUGGGGUACGAGGUUCCUAAAUUCGUGUGCGGUCCAUCUGACGACAACACGGAAUUACUGGCUUGCCCCACACCUGACAGUUUGGGCCGAAUCCACUGUAUUGACUUUUACUCGCUCUGUGACCACAAAAUACAUUGCCCAAACGGUGAGGACGAGGAUUCUACGAUGUGUUUGUUUCACACAGCGACCCACCAGUACAUGGACAAAAUGAUGACCAUGAUAUCCCGAAUGAACCGCGAGACACAGGAAACGUUGCAAACAGUGCUAGCCAAGGUCCAACCACGAGAGCCUAGCUAUCUCAACUACAACAUUCAGAAGUGAUGCUCGCCGACGAGAAAUACGGACAAGGUGCAAUUAUGUUUGAGUUCACGCGAGAAUUCAAGUGAUACUUACUCUUUAUGCUCUUUCUGUUAACCCUGUUAUUUAAGUUUCAUAUUGAUUACUUGUAACUCAGCUUACAGCAGUGUGUUUAAUGUAUUCAUUUGUUGGAUUUUGCGUUUGAUGUUUUAACUGUUAUCAACUGUUAACAUAUGUUACACUCUAAUGACUCCAGCGAGUAAAGGUACUGUUAAGUAACACAACCAGUUUGAAAUGACAAUUUAGUAAAGCAUAAACGUGCACUAUUAUUUGUUCAAUGCCUCUCAUUGUUGUUAUCGUGUUCCGUUAAUAAAACAUCAUAGUUUAAAACCAGUAUAACCAUAACAUUGUUUUGGAAGGCUUGACGGAAUUAAAACAUCAACGUGUGUGUACUCUGAAACAAAUUUAUGUAUACCCUCAAAAUAUUUAUUUGAGCUUAUUCAUUUUUAUAUGAAAACUGGAAAGCAUGUGCAGUGUUAACAAAAUUGUUUUGAGCAUUUUUCGUGAAAACGUUUUGACAAUCGUUUGAUAUAUCUACACAUGUAUAAAAAACGUAAAACUUCUAACACAAGUUAAGUGAAUUGAUCAUUUAAUAUAUU